UGUAAGUGUUUUGUUUAAUCGAUUGCAGACUUUACACCACAUCAGAGAGUUGUAUAUAAACAUUGAGAUAGAAAAUCAAAUAAUUGAAGAAUAAAAUAACAAAAUGUCAGCUAAUACCAAAACAUAUAAGGAUGCCUUUUCAUUGUUUGAUAAAAAGGGAACAGGAAAGGUUCCACCAGAGGCCCUUGGAGACUUAUUAAGAGCGGUUGGACAAAAUCCUACAUUAGCAGAGAUUGCUGAUUUGGAGAGACAAUUGCCAGGGGAAUUAGAUUUCGAUACAUAUGUUAAGAUUAUAAAUCGACCAGAUGGAUUCAAACCCUUGGGAGACGCUGAAGAUUAUGUCAGAGGGUUUCAAGUGUUUGACAAGAACAUGUCUGGAUUUAUUGGAGUUGGGGAAUUAAGAUAUAUAUUAACGUCGAUUGGCGAGAAGUUGUCUGACGCAGAGGUGGAUGAGUUGUUGAAGGGAGUUAAUGUUACGCAAGAUGGGAAUGUUAAUUAUGUUGAGUUUGUCAAGAGCAUUUUAUCUCAAUGAACAAGAUUAGCCAAAGAGAUAAAUAUGCGUAAAUAUAUAUCUAUAAUUAUAUCUAUAUUAAUUUUUUUUUAACUUUUUGUUGUGAUUGUUGUUUUUACUGAGAUUGAAUACAUAAAAGAUACCUGUUAAAACUGGGAAGUGGAAUGCAAGAUAAAGAGAAAAAGACAGGUUGAGUAUUGCGGGAGGUAGUGUAAAACACCUGAUUGUCAUGGGAGAUGGAAGAUAAUUCUCAGAAGUUCCAAAUGAUUCAUCUUUGAAAAUUUUCUUUUCUAGUGAAGUAUCUAUGUAAG